AUGAAGACCUCAUUUGCCGCUCUCGCUCUCGCUCUGUCCGGCUCUGCCGUGGGUGCCCCAUUCUUUAAUGGUACUCAUAUUGCAUCCAACUCUUCUGCUGUGUCGACUCCUAUCCAUCAGUCGACCAACUCACCUCUUCCCAGCCUGUUCUCUACCUUCAGCACUGCGCCGCUGUCGUCCUCUUAUGCUCCUUCUGCAUCCGGACCUUCGACGGCCACCCCCAUCACCGCCGGAAGUGUCGUGAAGCGCGGGGAGGCCAUCUCUGUCCCGACGGACCUCCCGUCCCUGGCAUCUGAGGCCCAGUCAGUGGCUGCAGCCCUCGCUUCUGUCGGUGCUAGCGCCCAGAAAAGCGGCGAGUCACUUUCUAUCCCUACCGAUCUCCCCUCGUUGCUUUCUGAUGCCCAGGAAGCUGCCGCUGCGCUGGCCUCUGCUGGAGUCCAGAAGCGCGGCGAGUCUCUGUCGAUUCCAACAGACCUUCCGUCUCUAUUGGCUGAUGUCCAAUCCAUCGGCAGUGCUAUCGCCUCCGCAGGUGUCUAG